AAUCAGACGGAAAACAGUAGAGAAGUUAAAGUUGUUGAAAUACUAGUCGGAGAUUGGUGAAUUAUCCAUAUUUGAAAACUCAACAUUUUCAGAAAUGGAAAACGACGUUGAGCAUACAGAAGGGUCUUACAUUUCUAUGCCGUAUGUAGCACUUGGGUAUUGGGAAGUACUUUGGUAUGCGGAUGGUGUGUAUGGUUAUUCAUUUCUAAGAAGCCUUUAUGAUGUAUGUUGCAUUGGUUUAGUAUACCUUCUUUUGGGAGUUUUCAUUGGUUUAGUAUACCUUCUUUUUGAAGUUUUCAUUGGUUCCAAUAAUUUUCAAGAGCCAACAUUAAAAGAAUCUGAAACUGAUCCAUCGAUGAAAAAAGAUAACGAAAUUAAGCGACUUAGCGAAGCUUCUUACGAAAAGAUAUCUUUGCCAUUUCCCAUGAGUGACAACGACUAUGACGACAUUGACAAAACUCCUUCUACAGCAGUACUAGAUGAUAAUAACAGUGAAGUCAUCACUGGUGUUUCGCCUUCCACAUCAAAACCUGAUGCAGAUGAUAAUUUGGAUGAACACUUUUCGAUGAACACAAGCUUUUCAGAAGAAGAGGGAAAACAACGUUUGGAAGUUGAAGAAUUGUUGCGUCAACCAUGGAAAUGUUUUGAUAAAUCAAUAAUGCAUCAGGAAAAGUUUAAAAAGAUGGAAGAAUAUGGACGCAAACAUCCAGAAAAAGUUACAUUGCUCAGUGAAUUGCGUGUAAUCUUCAAGGAGGAGUUUUCGCUUGGCAAGGGAAGUGAUGGAACCCGUGUUUACCUCGCCCUGGGAAAUAAUGGUUAUGGAAAAGCAGUAAAGCGAAUACUCAAAGAUAGCGGCAUAGACUUUGCAAAUCGAGAAAAAGAAAUUUUGAAUGAGUUGAAUGCAAAGCGUUCAAAUCAUGUUGUGAAUUUUUGGGAUUUAAAAGAGAGCCUUGACGAAGAGUAUUUGUACAUGAUAUUAGAUUUGUGUGAAGAAUCGUUAGAGAGUUAUGUGAAAUCAUCUUCUUUGCAAGAUCUUCAAAAAGUCGUUCCUACAAUUCUCAAGCAGAUUUUAAAUGGUCUAGUUCACCUUCACAGCGGUGAGCAUCCUAUUCUUCAUCGGGACUUAAGACCCUCGAACGUUCUUCGAGAUGUACAAGGAAAUUUUUUAAUCGCUGACUUUGGUAUAAGUCAUAUGUUAUCUGAUGAAACUUCGACACAUCGGAGCAUACAAAGAGGAGCUAAAAAUUGGAUAGCUCCAGAGUCAUAUGACGCAUCAGAUGAAUCAAUUGAUAAAGUUCGUUACAAAAAACAGUCUGACAUUAUGAAUGCAGGAAUGGUGGCUUAUUAUGUUGCAACAAAGGGGAAACAUUCUUUUGGAAUUGAACAAUAUAGACUAGACAACAUUUUGAAAGGAAACCCAGUUGGAUUGGACGAAAUCAAGGAUGCCACGUUCAAAGACCUUUUAUCGUGGAUGCUACAGCUAAAACCAGAAGACAGACCAUUAGCCAACGAAGCAUUGAAACAUCCUUUUCUUAUGUCGGAUGACGAAAAAUUUGAAAUGUUAUGUAAAGUUGGGAACCAACGACCGAUUAAAAUAAAUGAUGUCAAUUCAAGUGUCGUUCAACAAUUAAAUAGUGAACCCUCCGAUUGGAAAAGUCGAAUACAUCAUGAGGCCUAUAAUUAUUUUUGUACUGAUAAGGUGAGUGGAAAGAUUGUUAUGUAUGGGCCUUCAUGGACAGAUUGCUUAAGAUUUAUUCGAAAUGUUGGCCUGCAUUGGUACGAUAAACCACGGCCAACACCACAACCUGAACCACUUGAAAAGAUUGGCGAUCCAAAGGAGUACUUUCUUGAAACAUUUCCAAAUCUUCCUGUUUUGGUGCAUGCGGCUGUCAGAUCAAAUAAUGAAUGGAAAAACAAACCAGAACUCAAAACCUUUUUCAAUUGAAAUAACACCAAUCAAUAUAUAAACAUUUUACAUACCGCAAUUUAUGUUUGAGGAAUGUUUUUAUAGAUGUAAAAUAAAAACACUCUACAUCAUUAAGUAAUGCAUUAUGUAACAUCAUUUGUAAUAAACUCUCUGCAGCUUUUGGCAUGGUUAUAA